AUGGUUUCUCUAUUAAAUCCAGAAGCACCGGAAUAUCUACCAAGCCACAACCACAAGCUUCAGCAACAGCAACAACAACUGCAACCCCUUGCUUGUCCCACUUCCUUAUUUCCUCAUCACGGCCACUUCUCAGUGUUCUCUUUAUUUCCCUCACGACAUCCUAACCCUUUCUUUUAUUAUCCCACUUUAACACUUCCACCACCACCUUCCAUUCCAUUAGCGCUAGAAGCUCAUCAACAAACUCGUUUUCAUAACAUAAAAAAUGAUUCUGAUUCUAACCCCGUUGAAGCACAUGCAGUGCACCAGAAGAAGGAUCAAGUGGUACUAGCCGAACCCAAAACUGGUGGUGGUUCGAUAGGACUUGUAAAGAAGCAAGCUUUGAAUGCUUACAUUAAUGGCCGCCGUUCUGCUGAGAGUUGGAGACAGAAGAGUUACCCACCGAGAAAGAAGGUGGAAGAAAAUGGUCAACGCAAAAAUGUUGACUUUUUGAGGAACCGAAAGGUUUUUAGGCAACCAGAUGAUGAACAACCCUUCAGGGGUUUUCCCAAGAGGAAUCGUUUUAAUCUCUCGUUGCCAGUUAGGGAUGGCGAAACCACUGUAAUGAUCAGAAAUAUUCCCAGCAAAUACACCCGAGAAUUGCUGGUGGAUUUUCUAGAAGAUCAUUGUCUGAAGGUGAAUCGUGGAGAUAAAGAGGCAGCUUUCAAGGGGAAAGACGAAGAACCCAUUGGUUUAGCUUUUGAUUUCGUUUAUUUGCCCAUUGAUUUCAAAACUAGGAUGAACAAGGGUUACGCUUUUGUGAACUUCACUCAGCCCCAGGCAGCUCGGAAGUUUCUUAAGACAGCCUCCAAUUUGAAAUGGGAGUUGUUCCAGUCUAACAAGAUACGUGAUGUGGUUUCUGCACGUUUGCAAGGGAAGGAACAAUUGGAGGAACACUUCGCAACUAUGAACUUUCCAUAUGAGUCCGAGGACGUUCUGCCGGUGUCCUUUAGCCCACCUUGUGAUGGUGUAAACAAGGGAGAGCAAAGGACUAUAGGGAAUCUUACGAAGCGUCAACAUGUUUGA